AUGGAACAAGUCGACUCACUUGCCACCCAGGCCUCUUCAGGCACCACCAGUGGAUACCGUCGUCACAUCUACUCGGGUUCCGGACGGCGUGUAGAGACCGAGCAGGUUGGCACUGUGACGAGCGAACAGCUUGAAAUGGUGAAACCUGAGCUAAGUGACCUGUUUGCCCUUACAACUCCGAUAUAA